AAACCUCCACCAAUUGUUACUCAUAAUGAUCAGGGAUUAAAAAGGAAAAAAAAAAACAUACACACAGUGAGUGUGAAAGUGUGUGUUGAAGACAUAAAGAAUGGUGGCACAUUUAGGUGUCAUCUCUUUCUCUACUUCUUGUCAAUUCCACCAUUCUUCAUACCAAAUUUCUUUCCGUCUGCAUAAGCCCAUGGCUAUGGCAACAGUGAGUACGGAUCCAGUGCGAGAAUGGAUUCUAACCGAAGGAAAAGCAACUCAGAUAACGGGGAUCAGGCCUGUUGGUGGUGGUUGCAUAAAUCUUGCCAGCAAAUACAUUACUGAUGCUGGUUCGUUCUUCGUUAAGACAAACAGGAGUAUUGGACCGGAGAUGUUUGAAGGGGAGGCUUUGGGGUUAAGGGCCAUGUAUGAUACAAAAUCAAUCCGUGUUCCUCAACCUUUCAAGGUCGGUGCACUGCCAACAGGUGGGUCAUAUAUCAUUAUGGAAUUCAUUGAAUUUGGUUCAUCGAGAGGGGAUCAGUCUAUACUAGGGAGGAAGCUUGCAGAGAUGCACAAAGCUGCAAAAUCAGAAAAAGGUUUCGGGUUUCAUGUCGACAAUACCAUUGGCAGCACACCGCAGAUAAACACAUGGACAUCAGAUUGGAUUGAGUUUUACUCUGAGCAUCGACUGAAUUUUCAACUUAAGCUAGCACAGCAACAAUAUGGUGAUUCAUCUAUUUACCAAAAAGGACAAAGAUUAGUGAAAAAUAUAGGGGUUUUGUUUGAAGAUGUGACAAUUGAGCCUUGUUUAUUACAUGGAGAUUUAUGGAGUGGGAAUAUUAGUUCUGACAAAAACGGGGAGCCUGUUAUACUUGAUCCAGCUUGUUACUAUGGGCAUAAUGAAGCAGAAUUUGGAAUGUCAUGGUGUGCUGGAUUUGGAGGGUCUUUCUACAAUGCAUAUUUUGAGGUGAUGCCGAAACAACCAGGAUUCGAGAAAAGAAGAGAUCUAUAUUUGCUAUAUCAUUACUUGAACCAUUACAAUCUAUUUGGUUCUGGUUACCGAUCGUCGGCUAUGUCUAUCAUUGAUGAUUAUCUUAGGGUGUUAAAAGCUUAAGGGACUAGAGUAUGUACAUAUUCAACCAUUGUACCGUUCUGUUUCUAAACAUCGAAAUGUAUCUUUUGAAGAUAUAUCUAUGUAAAAUUGAGGCAAGUUAAGCUUGUAAUUAUUGCA